AUGGCCUCAGUCGCUUCCAAAGCUCUCACUGUCGCCCAGUACAGGCCGCGGGUCCAGAAAAUCGCUGAGCACGACUCGGAGGAGAUCAUCGGAUGGCUUACGAAGAACACCGCCGCCGGCCUUCCAUGGGUCCUCCGAGUCAAGCAUGAAUUCUACAACAUACUUAUGGCUCAGUUUCCCGAGUACCUCCGACUCAUCGGAACCUCCCGCAUAACCGGUGUCGUGAACGGCAUCGCACUGGUGUCUAGCUCUUGCACGGUCCGCACCGUCGGCAAACGCUUUCGUCCGAAGAUUUUAUACCGAGUGAUUCAUGGAAACCAGCCUGGAAAGGGCAUUAGGUCUAGAUUGGGACGUGGGAGCGAUCCCAUUUUUCUACAACUCCACCUCCAGAAACAUCUACGCUGGCGCUGCCGAGAACCAAGUCCCUUCCUCUCGGCGACCGACGAUUGGGAUAAAGCGAUGCGCAUAGCCUCCAAAUAUGCUGUUCGGAACCUCCCAGAUGUCGAAAUCAUCGUCUUCCAUACAAGCGGACCAGCCUGGAAUCACGACGUCCAAAGACUGUGGCGUGCCAGAUCGUUGAUCCGUCGCUUGGGCUUGAUAGGUAUCGACCGGCCCUACUUUGCGAACGAGUACCUCGUAGAAGAGUCCAUCCCCGAGGAAAGCAUCGUUCUUCGGAAGAAGGCACCCGAGGCUGACAGCACUUACAUGAGGAAUGCUCGCCAUGAUCUGGAAGCCGCUAGGAAGAGAGCCGAGAAGGAGAAGAAGGCCCGAGAAGAGGAGAAAAAGGCCGAAGAAUCAGCUGCAAUGAAGCGCAAGGCGGGCGGACUGGAAGAACCCGAGCCUGAGCCCAAGAAGCGGAAGACAGGAAAGUGGGUGAAGGUGGGCAUCAAGAUCGGCCGCAACGUUGGCAGCGCCUGA